AGGUGUUCAUGGCCACUUCCACGGGCGCCGGCCGUGGGCUCUGGCGGACGAGUGCAUUGUGGACCUGAUGGCCGAGCUUGUGGGGGCCCAAAAAGGGGAAGUAGCCCUAAUGAAUGGGCUAACUGUUAAUCUGCACCUCCUGCUGCUAUCUUUUUUUAAGCCUACAUCAAGACGCUAUAAAAUUCUUCUAGAAACGAAAGCCUUUCCCUCUGACCAUUAUGCGGUUGAAUCCCAGCUCCGACUUCAUGGACUUGAUGUGGAGAAAUGCAUGCUCAUGAUGCAUCCACGGGAGGGGGAGGAGACCUUGAGAAUUGAAGAUAUCCUUGCUGUAAUUGAGAAAGAAGGGGACUCUAUUGCUGUAAUUCUGUUCAGCGGAGUGCAGUACUACACAGGACAGCUGUUCAACAUCCCCAGAAUAACAAAGGCUGGCCAAGAAAAGGGUUGCUUUGUGGGAUUUGACCUGGCUCAUGCCGUUGGUAAUGUAGAACUUCAUCUACAUGACUGGGGAGUAGACUUUGCUUGCUGGUGUUCCUACAAGUAUUUGAAUUCUGGAGCAGGAGGUCUAGCUGCUGCCUACAUUCACCAGAAGCAUGCCAAGAGUAUUAAACCAGCGCUCAUUGGCUGGUGGGGUCAUGAAUUCAAAACACGAUUCCUCAUGGAAAACAAAUUGCAACUAAGUGAAGGAAUUAAUGGCUUCCGCUUAUCAAAUCCUCCAAUUUUACUGGUCUGUGCUUUGCAAGCUAGUUUAGAGGUUUUUGGUCAAACCACAAUGAAAGCCUUGAGAAGGAAAUCCAUCCUGCUCACUGGUUACUUGGAGUACCUGAUAAAGCAUCACUACAGCGAGGAUAAAACAAAUCCAGAGAAGCCUUUUGUUAAAAUUAUCACCCCACCUCAGAUUGAGCAAAGAGGAUGCCAGCUCAGGUUUCAGAGCAAUCUUGCAGAAGAAACUUUUACUAAAAGAGAGGGUUUACUCAGACGAUGGAAAUGCAAUUUUGGGUGCGACAUGCGCGAGCCCAACGCGCUCCGGGUCGCCCCGGUUCCUCUCUACAACUCCUUCCAGGAUGUGCACAGGUUUAUUGAAAUCCUGGGAGCUGCAAUUACGGCUUCCAAGCAAACACCGUGCGCUCCGCUCCUCAUUGAUGCCUCAGCUUCAUCUUUUAAUCUGUUUUUGACCAAGAUGCAUUUAUCCCACUGA